AUGUCUCCACCUCAACAACCAACAUCCAUAAACCCUAAUUCUCUCAAGAUCCGACUAGCCUAUCGUUUUCUCCACAAUCUAAACAACCUCAACACAAAAAGAUCCAAUCUCGACAACACCCGGAUCCGAAGAUCUCACCGGGUCAAGCUUGCAGCCUACGCAUCAAUGGCAUAUGUUGUCGGGUCAAGACGCGCUUGGAGCCGCGCGAUCUUAUGGAAGAUCCGAAACCGAGCUGUGUUAGCAAGAUUCAAAAGGGUUGAUCAUAAAAUCACUACCCCUUUACGUCAUCAUCAUGUUCAUGCAGGAUCUGCGAAGAGAAGAACACCUAAUUACUCAAACCCUAAAAGAGAAUAUUCUGACCCGUUUGGUAAUUCGGGUCAAGAAGUGAAGCUGAGGAAGCUUGUACCCGGUUCUUCAACUAUGGAUGCAUUAGGGUUGUUGGAUGAAACUGCUGAUUAUAUAAAGUGUCUUGCUACACAGGUUGAGGUCAUGAAGAAUUUGGUAGAUCUCUACUCUAUCAUAUGA